AUGUCUCCUCCGGUUCUUACGCGCGAGCGUCGACUGAAGAGAUUCGGCAUCGAGUGCGUCUCUGAGAUCCUCUUCUCUGGGUGGAAGCCUGAUGGACGGGUCCACACCCAGAAGCUGACACUCAAGAAUACAGGUAAAAGCCUUCAGACGCUUACAUAUAUGCUUCCACAAGUCCCUAAUUUCUUUGCUCCUUUCCCCGACCCUAUACCUCUACCCGUUGGCAUGGAGUACUCUAUACCCAUCUCCUUCAAGCCCACCAGUACCACAGAGCUUGAGACAUACUUAGGCAUUCAUAGUUCCUUGGCAAAUGAAAAGUUUUAUAUUAAGUUAAGGGCUGAGCUACCAAAGCUUUCUUGUCAGAUAGAGCGAGACCUCGACUUUACGAGGGAUCCCACUGCAGUUGCAGAAAAAUCUUCUAUUACCACACCGUUGCUUAAUGACGGUGAAAUUCCUUUUCUUUUCACGUUUGAGUCUCUCCUCCCAUUCACUGUUUCGCCCAUAACUGGGAUAAUUUUACCUAAUGAGCAGUGUCCGGUGACCUUUUACUUUAACCCUAAAGAAGCCGGCAGUUUCUCCGGAGAAAUUGUACUUUCAAUUAAGAAGACGUCUCCCGACCAGCUGGCCAAAGAUGAGAAGAUCGUCUAUGUGGUACAUCUGAAUGGACUAGCGCAAUACUCAUUCAUGCGGAUAAGCUUUCCCGAUCAAGCAGGAACCGUAUGCUGCUUUAGGCACACUCCUCUUUUUUCUACUGCAUCUAAGUUGGUCUACUUAGAGAACGACUCCAACGUUCCUUUCUCAUUCUCCGUCCACCCUUCUUGGGAGGAACGGGCAGGGUCUGAGGAUCACGGAAGAGAGCUAUCAGAAUAUUCAAUAGAGCCCCGUACAGGAUUAAUUGAAGCUCACGGGAAGACCACUCUCAAGGUAAAGUACACACCUCUAUACUGCAAUGCAUUCUACAAUAGCUCGGACGUUUACAAUGUAGAGUAUGUUACCAUCGAGGCAUUGUCUGGGGUAAAAACGCAGUUUUCAAUCGAGGCCUCGUCCUGCCCUGUCCCUUUGGAGCUCUCAGAAAACAAAAUUAAUUUAGGAGUUGUAUCAUUUGGUCAUGUCGUCUCCCAUACUGUUCAGCUCAAAAAUGCAGGCAAGCAUCCAUGUCCCUUUGAAUUCUCAGCUCCGUUCUUGCGCUCAUACAGCACCCCCACGUCAUUUGUGGACCCUAUAAGUGGGAAGUCUAAAUCGGCUAAGGUCAUCCUAUCUGAUAGUAGCGAGUUUCUAAGUGCAAACCUUCUCAUUCCAGAUACCGCAGAUAUAGGACUAACUAACCAGGUAAGGCCGACCAAACGACUCUUGCGUGACCUUCCAUGCUACAUUUCUCCAUCUUCCGGGAUAGUUCCGGCGGGGAUAGCGAUUACUCUACAACUACAAUUAGACCUGCGGGGGUAUACUUCGGAAGUCUCUACAUUGGGCUCCAGAGAUGGUGACGGUAAAGGCUUCUUUGCCCCAUAUCCCUUGGCCGGCUACAUCGCGUUGAAAAUCCCAGGCGGAUCUCCACUCUUUCUUCUUAUUUCAGCUUCUAUUCUGCCUGAGAAAGGAAUUGAUGUUCGUCCCCCGCCUAUUACGUUGAGCUAUAUGGAAAGCUGGCUUGAAAUGCGCAGUCGUUACAACAUAGAUGAAGUCUUCUCUCCUCUUACCCCGAGACUUGGAGAGGACCAGCCGCGAUACGAACUGUCUCCGUUAUUUAAUGACUCGGACCUUCCUGAGUUUGCUAUCAAUGAGGCCAUGAAGCAAUUGAAGGGCAUCUGCCAGCCUAUCUGUCAGAAGAUUAGUGAUUAUCAACGAACCUCACCUCUUGCUGGUUUUACAAGCGUGUCAGGAGUAGCAAGCACCUUUCCCUAUGCAAUGGAUCCUUCUAUGUCUUUGAACUAUGAGCUGUUUGGCUCCCCCGUUACAUACUUAAAAGGUGGUGCUGGAAUCAAAGUCUCCCAGCAAUACAUUGAUUUUGGAUAUGUAGAAUAUGGUGCUACAGAGAUUGCAUCCUCAUCAGAUGCGCGUGAAACCUUCUUUUAUAUCUACAACGACAGCAAGGAUGUUAGCCUGAUCGUCUCGUGGACCUGCUCCACUAUAAGGGGCGGCUUCAAGCUGAGAUUUAAUGGAAUCAGUUCGCAGCCAGACUACCAUCCGUCUAUGGCUUACACGAUUCCAGAGUUAGACGAGCAGGAUGCUGUUGCGGAGUUUAUCGCCAGUAAGGGCCCUAUUUCUCCAACAAUACUUACCGAGGAUGACGGAGUCUACCUUCCUAUCGUGCUAAGUCGAGGCCUCAUCUGCAGAAUACCUCCUCAGUCAUAUGGACACUACUCCAUUCUCUUCAUCCCUGAUCAAUCUGACUCGUUCUAUCACACACACUUUACAGCUAUUUGUGCUCACGUGCCAUUACUACAAUACCGAAGCAUGCGCCACUGCAUCGUAGGCUCUCCGAUUCACACAUCAAUAAGCGUCACUGGCUGCACGCGUCAACCUCUGAAACCCACGUUAAGUUCUGGAAUGCCCGAAAUAUCUCAGCCUGUUGUAACAAUGAACAGUCGUUAUUACCUGGUAGCGCCUCCGUCCGCUCCCGGCCGUGUUACUCGGACAUCUUUUGCACUGACCAAUAACACUGAGAGCCAUAUGAUAUUCUCGUGCGUCCCUUCUAUUUCUUCUGGUCGAGACGCACAGUUUGAACAUGCUCAUGAUCCUACUGCUUCUUUCUUGUUUAUUUCACCAAAGAUUUUUGUCAUUCCCCCCAAUGGUGGAACAAAGAUAGUCACUUUUGCCGUCUUUUUCCCCCAGGACGCUAUAGAAAAUAAGACUAAAUACGGUUAUGCCAACGUUGAUAGAUCCGCCCUUGGGCUGUCCUCCACUGUGCUCUUCUCUACAGACAUUCAGUUCAAGAUGAAUGGGAGUGAGGAGACGAACAUAACCAUUAAUUUUAGCGCUAUCUGCUCUGCCCCAAAGCUUAUCUUAACCACAGCAAGUGGGCUAAAUGAACGGCUUCUUCUUAAUUUCGGCAUGGGAAGGGAUAAGCCGACAAGACAAGGAGCCACAACUGCUUUGGGUGAUCAGUUCAUCAAUCACGAGAUAUUGCAACAGUUAACUCUUCCUCCGCCUCUGUUAGAUACUACCGAGCGUAGAUUUGAAGAUACAGAGGGGUUACCAGACGUACCCAACUCCGAUACAGUAGACAUUGCAUUCAGUCCUGUAUCAAUAGGCUCAGAAGUGCUUCAUAAUUGUAUGUUGAAGAAUGCAUCGGCUGUCCCCGUUGAGGUCCAUUUCGACACCAGCUUGUAUGUUAGCGAAGCGAAGCAGUGUUAUAUGCUCAUCUCUUCGCCUCAAGUUACAACGUUACAGCCAUACAGCAUUUUGCAGCUACAGUUUAAGGUGUUUGCAGAUCAGACUUUACUCAGCAUAGGAAGAUACCAAUGGCCCUUUAAUGUUCACGCCUUUAUACCCCUAAAGCUCCUCCCUGGCUUCGAUUUUGUUACCGCCAUCAAUCGUGCAGACUUUUAUUACGACAGACUGCAUAGCUUGUGCUCUAACACGAAUUUAGAAAGAGGCGAGGAAAUUGACGGGGACACGCUUAUUGCUGUGUCCACAGAGUUGUGGCGUGAUGUUUUGAACCAUUAUACCCAGACACCUCUAUCAGAUAUUGUCAGAAGCACUGCCUCCUUUGGGCUCCGUAGCCACAAUUACUUUAGAGCAGGGUACGUGGGUGACGCUUAUUUGUCAGCCACCAUACCGCAGCAGUGUAUUGGUGUUCCUGAGGUGGCUAGAGCGAUGGUAGCAGACACCCUUGUUACAGGAAAGCUUGGUGCCAUUAUCAGUGUCACACCGCGAUCUGUAACACUGACACCAUCGAUACUAAAUCUUGGGCCAUUUAUUCCCGAAACAAGCCACGAUAUGCACUUUGUGCUUAAAAACAGCAGCAAUUGCUCUAUCUCUUUUGUUAUUGAGAUACAUGAAAUAAUGCCCAACUUCCCCUUUCUACCCGACCUAGAUUCAUCAGAGGUAUCUCUUAAACGGUAUUUAUUUGAGCAAGCGAAUGAUGGAACAGAAUGCUAUGUUCCUUCUCUACUCAAUAGAUUGACGAAGGGUGAAUCUGUACUUACAGAUAACCAAGUCAAGCGUUGCCCAACCUUCUUUGUUCGGACAGGCUCCUGUGGAAUUGUUCACUCGAAUGCUCAAGCCACGAUCACUAUUGUGGCAGUUCCUCGACGAGCAGGGUUUAUCAAGGGGCGACUCGUGGUAAAGGUAGUUGAGCUUGUAGGGGCAGUGCUGAGCGAAAAUGCUAUUUUGGACGAGCUUCGAUCAGAAUGCAUUUACGUUCAGGGCUUAGCAAAGCAGCUUCUCAGUAUACCACUCAAGGAAACGGAUACCUUAUUCACAAGCAACAUUGAAAUACGAGCCAAUUACCCCAAGUUUUUCAUCGCUGAUGCCAGCUGUCCGAAGGUCCCUAGCAGCCAGCUACGUGAUAUUCUCGACGUUGAUUCCCUUAACGAAUUUCUAUUGGGCGAUGUGACGGCUGGAGAACGUGUUUACAGGAAAAGCCUUCUUAUGCGAGAAAAGCUUGCACGAACUAUUCUCGAUUCGGACCAGCAAGAGAGCGCCGAAUCCCGUGUAAGCCAAGUGACACGAAUGGCUAGGAGCAGGAAAAAAUCCGAUAUAAAUGCACAGUCAUUGGUCUCCUCUGAAACAACGUCUGUACCGCGUGGAGAUAAUAUUGAAACCACAGUGGACAUUGAAAAUGUGAAGCUUAUAAAGUCAUUUCCAGUAGUCCUUGGACCAGGUAACAAGCAGACGACAACUUCCAAUUACAGAGUCAUUCUAUCACUGGCUAAUCCCUAUGACAUCCCUGUUGAGCUAUCUCUCACGCUUCCCCACGAGGAACCCAAUCUUGAGGCUUGUCCAUGGGCUAGAAGUCUUCCCCCAAAGCAUGAGCAGCGAGCCAUGGAUUUGCUCUCGCGGGGAGUAUUUAUCAUUGCACCAGAGCGUAUUUACUUAAAGAAGAAUGAGAAGCGUGCAUUCAUUAUAACUUACUCUCACGUUGAGGAAGGUGUCCACGAGCUGCAAGUCCAGGUCAGCAUAACCAAUGGCCGAGUGUUCAUUCUGCAUCUAAUCGGUCAAACGUUAGGUAAAGACGAGCCAGCCGUUUUAGCACCUAUAGAGCAACGCUUCUUGCCAAUUGCAUUGGGAGAGAUCAUAUCUCCGCGUCAAAUUGUAAAACUGACAAAUCCGGGAAAAGUUGGCGUCAAUUAUGCUUUUCUACGCCCAGAGAUGUUUAUUUACUCUGCCGAAGGAGAACUAAUAUUAUUAGAUCAGGAUAGCGAUUCUCCACAACAGUCGAAUCUAGCUCUGCAGGGUUUGCGGUGUUUUUCUGUUGAGAACCAUGAAAAUUCAGAAGAUACAUCUGUUGUCGUGCAGAAGGAGCUUACGGUUCGCCAAAAUGUCACGGACAUUCUAACAUGCUUAAACCCUCGCGGAUAUUUGGCCCCGAACAGCUCUAUUAACAUUGUCUUUAGCUUCAGCCCCAAGUGUGUAGGCUUCCACCACUUCAAGGUGGGGCUAGUAAUUUACCCCACUAGCAAGCCCGGGAUAAAACUAGAGCGACCACGCAGUCACGGGCUCAAAGAAGUCACUGCACCAGGGGCUUCUAACGAGGAAAAAAUGGGAGAUCAUAGUAGUAUUAGUCCAAUCAAUCCCCGUUCCAUCAAUACAACCUUCACUCAUGAAUGCGGAAGUCCUCGUAACGAUAUUUCCAUGCACACAACAGAUUUGGAAGCCUAUUACGACGCCAAUAUUUUGGACAUCCCAGCGGGCGGCCUUGUGGGAUACGGAGAGUUCGAUGAUGAUGGACUAAUAGAAGGCGCUAAGCCUGUUCCGACUAACAAGUUAGCGGAAGUACGCAGGAGUAACACAAAUAGUAGAGCAGGAAGUAGGUGUAAUACCGCUUCAUCUGUUGGCAACAGCGGUGUGCGGAGCACAAGGAACUCGUUGCCGAGCAGCGCGAUAGUUAAGUCGGCAAGUAGUGUCAACGGGCCUGCUGCCUCCACUGUGCAAGAGCACGUCGAUUCUAGAAUAUAUCAAGUUAUUGAUCUUGUGGGGUAUGUCUUUCUUCCCCACACCCACGUUCCCCAGGAAAUUAUUCCGAGCUAUGCCCUUGGAGCGGACGCGGAUUCUCCCGGCUGUGGGUCUGUUACCAUCAAGUCGCAAGACAUAGAUCCCUCGCUCUUGGCUAACACUCAAACUGGUGUAGGACUUUGUUCGCUAAGCUAUGGAAGACUAAUUCUAGGUGCGCUGCCAUGCUUAGGCUAUACUAGCACCAUUGUAACAAUCACGGGAUCCCCCAUUGGCAGUACAAGUGUACAUCCUUAUCUCUCACAAUUUAAUACUGGACAUUAUGAAUGGUCCUUGAUUAUGCCUCUGCCAAACCCGAAUAUCCGCAUAUCCGUUCAUCCACAGAAUGGGGUACUUGCGCCUGGCGAGACCCAAUCUGUACUCAUUAACGUAUAUACAGGAAGCAUUCCUAUGGUAACCAUCGAGGACAUAGGCUUCAGCGUUAUCUUUGUGACAGAUAAGUCUGCUCUUAUACGUGCAAACACAUUUAACUUAGAAAGCCUGAGCUCAAACAAUCGCCUUUCUGUCACUCUGGCCAACACGCAAGCCAGCGCUGCCCGUAUUGUGGAGCAAGCGCACCACAAGGGCUUCAACCCACAAGAGAUAACCAAGGCUGGUAUAGAUAUAGAAUCUCGUAAGCAUCGUGCCAUCUUUCAUGGAAUAUGCUUAAAGGGAGAGGAUGACGGAGCAGUCUCCACGCCUCUUAGUCGAUACAGUACCCACCCCCACGAUGAUGUCCUCUGGCUAACCCUCAUGUGCCACACCCACAGGGCCGCUGAUUUGGAGUGUUACACGCAUGCGGCAUGGGGGCUCAAGCUUGGCAAAAUAGCAUGCGAAAUGAAUGACUUUGGGACCGUUAACUUCAGCAGCAAAGAAGCUAAUGAAAAGUAUACUGAUUUGACCCAAACAGAGACAGAAGAACUGGAUAAGAUCUUAAAGGUUACUCUCCGUGGCGUUGUGAAUAGACUCUGCACAGAAGAAACUCCAAAGCAACGAUUAUCAGAUGCAGCAACACGGACUAAGCGGCGCGUGCUCAAUGGAAUGAGAAGGGCCAACUUCAUAAGUGAGGGAUUGGACAAUCCUGUCACAAUUCUAGAUUCAGAAGAUGUGGAGCCAGGCGUGAACUGUGCACCCUUUUUGCAGGCUUUAUCGCGUGCAAUCUUUUCCUGCUCAACUGAAGACACCUCUCCAGGCAGACACAGAUCAACAUCAAGUAUGCCAGAUAGUAAGGACGAAACGUAA